GUAAUGUGUUCGGUACAACGUGCAUAAUGCCAUCUCUGUACAAACCCCCUGAUUUACCUAGGAUUGUGUAUGUAGUAUUCCCGACUAAUUUAAUUCUUCAGAGAGAACAUAAAAUUUCAGCUGUGCAAUGAAGGUGACUUAAAAAGAUUAAGUCACGUUCAGGUCCUAAAGUGUCUUCUCUAUGCGGAAGGGCAAAGCAAUAGACGAGCCUUAGAUUACGGCCUUUUAGAUCCAAGACUUGGUGCAAAUAAGAGAGAUGAGCUGUGCGCUACUUGUGGCUUGGACUAUCAAACAUGUAUUGGUCAUUGGGGGUACUUCGAUUUACCGACGCCAAUUUAUCAUGUGGGAUAUACUUGGCAUAUAGUAAAAAUACUACAGACUAUCUGCAAAACUUGCUCGCGUGUUCUCCUCUCUGAGCAACAACGUGCCAGGUUUUUGAUUAGUUGUUCUAACCCAAGUUUGGACUACGUACAUAAAAAACAACUCAGAAAGGCGAUACACAAAUUGUCUAGCAGGAUACAUGUCUGCCCGUUCUGCUCAGCGCUUAAUGGUUUGUCCUGUUAUUUUCUCUAUGCUCUUGUAGGUGUUGUUACGAAAGGUACGAGUCUUUCGUACGUCGUUCAUGAUAUAUUUCGACAUGCAAAAGCAAAAGUCGAUGAUUAUGUAAAUGAUUUCGCAAAAGUAAUCACAGAAAAUACGGAGUUAGCGCCAGUUGUUCGUAAAGGUUUGGAGAUUAUACGACCCGGAAAGGCUCUGCAAUUGUUUUCUAAAAUUCCAGAAGAAGAUUUGCCAUUACUUCUCAUGCCUUCUGAUUCUCAAUGGAUGACUCACCCACGAAACUUAAUUGUUCAGAGAGUGCCUGUCUGCCCAAGUGCUAUCAGACCAUCAGUUGUUUCCGAAGUCCGUAGUGGAACUAAUGAAGAUGAUCUUACUCAAAUGUAUCAAUGGAUAUUAGCUCAGGCAGCAACAAUUGAAGAAGAUAUCGGGGAGGCGGAUCAAAUCGCGUGCCUAGAUAGCUUACACGCUGAAUUUGCACGGCUAAUUAAUUCACAACAAUCAGGUUUGCCUCCUGUUCAAGAUCAUAAGUUUAUGCGUGGUUUACUUCAAAGGCUAGCUGGUAAACAUGGUCGAUUUCGUGGUAGCCUAUUGGGUAAACGAACGAAUUUUACCGCCAGAACUGUUAUUUCACCAGAUCCAAAUAUGCGAAUUGAUGAGGUAUGUAUUCCAGUUCACUGUGCAAAAUUGCUAACAUAUCCUGAACGUGUGACUGAUUUCAAUCUGAAUUUUCUCCGAUCUCUUGUACUAAAUGGACCAAAUAACUAUCCUGGAGCUAUGUUUGUUAGUUAUAAACUACGUGGUGAGAGGAAACGUCAAGCCGAAGCAUCUGGUACUUCUGAUGUAGUAAAACGUUUCUUGGCAUCUGAACGUGCACGUGAAGAUGUGGCAAAAUAUUUACAAUCAGGUGAUAUAGUUGAAAGACACUUAUUGGAUGAUGAUAUUGUACUAUUUAACCGUCAACCCUCACUACAUCGUGUAUCUAUUCAAGCAUUCAGAGCGGUUGUAAAACCUUUUCGAACUUUUCGCUUCAAUCCAUGCUGUUGUACACCAUUCAAUGCAGAUUUCGAUGGGGAUGAAAUGAAUAUACAUCUUCCACAAACUGAAGCAGCUCGUGCAGAAGCAAAACAUCUUAUGCUGUCUCUCAAGAAUAUUGUUAGCCCUAAAAAUGGUGAACCAUUAAUUUCACCAAUUCAAGACCUAAUCACUGCAACACAUUUGUUGACCUUGAAAGACGUUUUCCUUAAUCGUGAUCAGGCUUGUACUUUAGCCUCUCAACUAUUAGCUGGUAACCAUUUGGGUCGACUUUUAAGUUUACCGAAACCGGCUAUAUUAUGGCCUGUUGCUCUAUGGACUGGUAAACAGAUAUUUGGUCUCAUUCUUUCACCGCAUCCAUCCACUGGAAUUAAGGUUAACCUUCGGGUACCAACAAAGUCUAUGUAUUCAUCGAAAGGUUCAGAAAUGUGUCCAAAUGAUGGUUUUGUUCUAAUUCAAAAUAGUGAGCUCCUUGCGGGAUGUGUAGAUAAAAAGUUACUUGGGGGUGGAAGCAAGUCAAGUAUAUUCUACACAUUACUUCGAGAUUAUGGUAGAGAAGCUUGUGCGGACGCUAUGUGGCGUUUAGGAAGAAUUGCUUUGUUUUUCCUGGCACAUCGAGGUUUUUCGAUCGGACUUGGUGAAGUAAUGCCCAGCUCAGAUCUUGUUGCAUCUAAAACAGCAGUGAUUAGUCGUGGAUUUGCCACCUGUGAUGAUUAUAUCAAUCAAUAUCAGAUGAAUACACUAGUCUGUAAUCCAGGAUGUAGUAUGGAGGAUACGCUUGAAUCUAAUAUAAGUCAAGAGUUGUCGAAAAUUCGUGACGAAGCGGGAGCAGCUUGUAAACGUCAGCUUCACCCAUCGAACUCACCACUGGUCAUGGCUCAGUCAGGGUCAAAAGGUUCAUUUCUCAACAUAUCUCAAAUGAUUGCUUGUGUUGGCCAACAAGUAAUUGGUGGAAAACGUGUUCCAGAUGUCAUUAAUGGACGCAGUCUAGUUCAUUUCCCUCCAGGUUCACGAACACCUGAAGCAAAAGGUUUUGUUGGAAAUAGCUUUUAUUCAGGUCUUUCACCAUCUGAAUUCUUUUUCCAUGCUAUGAGUGGUCGUGAAGGAUUGACGGAUACUGCUGUAAAAACUGCAGAUACAGGUUAUAUGCAGCGAAGACUGGUCAAGUUUCUUGAAGAUUUAGCGGUGGCUUACGAUGAUACUGUACGUGAUAGUCGGGGCGAUAUAAUUCAAUUCCGUUACGGUUCCGAUGGCCUGGAUCCUUUAGAAAUGGAGACAGAUACAUUUCCUGUGAAUUUUAUUAAAGAAAUGGAACAUAUAAGAACUAGUUAUGAUUGCCCUCAUGAAGUUGGAAUGUCUGCUGAAGAGUUAGAACUAGCAGUAGAGGUUGUCUUUCAACUUGAUGCAUUUCGACAUUUAGAUAGUCGCUUAUGUUCAGCAAUCAAAGAAUUUAUACACCAUUCAGUUUGUCCGAAAAUUCGUAAAUGGCAAGAAUGGUGUACAGAAAAUGCAAAUGGGUCAAAUUUAAUCAAUCAAAAUGAACGUCUGACUAGAACACAACUACGUAUAUUUUUGACACAUGUUAAAGAGAAAUAUGAGAAAGCUUUAAUUGAACCAGGUACUGCUGUUGGUGCAUUAUGUGGUCAAUCUGUUGGUGAACCAGCUACGCAGAUGACAUUAAAAACAUUUCACUUUGCUGGUGUAGCCAGUAUGAAUAUUACACAAGGUGUCCCACGUAUGCGUGAAAUUGUUAAUGCAGCAGCCAAAAUUAAAACACCAUUAAUUUGUGUUACUUUAACUGAUCCAUUCUCAGCAUCACUAGCGCGUCAAGUUAAAUUGUCUAUUGAACCAACACGACUAGCAGAUAUAUCAUUAUCAUUAAGUCAGUGUUUAACACCAGAAUAUGUAUAUGUUGCUAUUAAAUUAGAUAAAAAAAGAAUGGAUAGACGUGGGAUUACAACACCUCAAGUCGCUACAGCUAUUCAAACAACUAAGUUAAAGAAGACCAAAAUAUCGCGUGUAACCUAUGCAAAAGAUUAUAUAUUCGUAUAUCCAGUGGAUUUGAAUGCAUUGGAAACAGUUGUCAAAUUAGUUGAAGAUGUUAUUGUUAAAGGCAUACCUGGCGUAUCUCGUGUUGUAAUUCAACAGGAUAAAGGUGAACAUAGAAUUUUUGUUGAAGGAGCUCGAUUACGUGAGGUAAUGUGUAUACCAGGCGUCGUAGCUGAACGUACACAAAGUAAUAAUAUUUUAGAAGUGGAACAAGUGUUGGGUGUGGAAGCAGCUCGACGUGUUGUUAUUGAUGAAUUACUAGCCGUUAUGGAAGGUCACGGUGUCGAAGUUAAUGUACGUCAUGUAAUGCUGUUAGCUGAUGUUAUGACUAAUAGGGGUGAAGUAUGCGGUUAUCAGCGAACUGGAAUGGCGAAAGCGAAAAAUAGUGUACUUUGUUUAGCUUCUUUUGAACGAACUGGUGAUCAUUUGUUUGAAGCUGCCUAUCAUUGUCAAGAUGAUCAAUUGACUGGUGUUACGGAAAACAUCAUUCUAGGGAAUCCAACUAGAGUUGGAACUGGAACAUUCGAUCUGCUAAGUGAUAGAUGGGAGAAAAAUUUACAACUUGACAUUAAACCAACAUUGUUGAAUUUUUAAAAUUAACAAAUUCUACUGUUUUUUUUUAACAUCGUCGUCAUGAUACAUUUCUAUGUGUAUGUGUAUGUGUACAUAAAAAUGACUUGACUUAUUUCAUUGUACAAAUUUACAUUUCUUAAUCAUCUAUUUAUAUUUUCGUUAUUACUAUGAUAAAGUGUAAAAGAAAAUUAGUUCUCUCUUUCUCUUUACAAUUUUCAUUGAGAUGCAUCUAUUGUCAAUUUCAUUUGUUUUAGAUAAUCAUUAAAUGAAAAUAAACUAUGCUUCUAUCUAUAUUGUAUCAUUUGUUUUAUUUAUAUUAAAUAGCUAUUGAAGCAAUUAAACAGUUAUGUUAUAUCGCUUAUUUUAGCUAAAUGAAUUCUAUCCAUUAAUUCUUCACUGUAACUAACAAACUGAAGUAUUUUGAUAUACUGUCACAUUUUAUUAAAAAGUAUUUAUUACUAGUUUAAUUUAAGAGAUUUAUGAUUGUAAAUUUUACUGUUUACAUAGUUGUAUCAAGUUACUAUAUUGGCUUAGAAUGGGAGAAUGUAACAAUAAUUUGGAAAAUAAACCAAUUUAACACCUAAAAUUACAGGGAUACUAAAAA